GUUAUAUAUAUUUAACCGAAUGUAUUAGUUUGAAUGUGUAAUUUGUGCACCGUCUGUUUGACAGGAAGCCACUUGCAGCGACAACAGAUGAGACUUACUUUGCGCGCUCUUCCUUUCCGAGAGAACAGAUUAUCUGGGGCAGAGCAGUUAUGUUUGUCUUGAUAUAACUUCUACUAUAUAAAUAUUGUUUUCGCUGCCAAGAUGGAGCAAAGUUUUGCUGAUCUGCUUAGUGGUGCUUUUUCAGAAACAGCUGUUCCGUCAUUUCCUGAUGGAGAUUUGGAUUUUGAGAAUUUAAAUUUUGAUGAAAAGUUUGAGGAGGACAAAACACAAGAAAACUUACCAACAAAGGAAGAUGAGGGUUUGCAGCAGGAAGCAACUGCAGUUUUGUCUAACAUGGAGAAAGAUAUAUACACAGCUGAACAUGUUGAUGAAGAGCAGUGUGACGAUAAAAGCGAUGAGGAGGAUUUUGAAGGUGUGAGGGUCAUGAGCAUGGACAAAACACCAGAGGAGGAUUACACAAGCUCCGAUUCCGAACAGGACAGCUCGGCCUCUGGAGAAGAUGAAGAGGACGAGGAAGAGGAUACAGGAACAGGAGAGGAACCAGGGAAUUUGCUGAGGUCAGUUUGCUACACAGACGAGUUUUACGAGGGUAAUAAAGAGGACAGGAUCUUUGCUGAGGGACAACCUCUGGCCCCGCAGGGUGCUGAAAACCCUCAAGUUAGAAACAAGGAGCAAGGUGAGAGCGAUGAGGAGGCGUCCUAUUUUAAGAGAGUCCCUGAAGGUGGCGGUGAGAUGAUGAUGAGAGGUGACAGGAGUGAAGAGGACGAGCAAGAGAGGGAAGAAGAAAAGGAAGAGGACUCGUCUGAUUCUGAGUGUGAGGGCAUGAAAAUCGAACAAGGAGAAAAUGUUCUCGCUGGGCGCUUUGAGCCGGAGCUUGAGAACCCUUGCAGAGAUGACCCAGCGAAAGCCAGUCUGGAGUUUCCAGAAAUAUCAGUGCAAAGUCUGCAGGAUCUUAUUGCUGAAGUUGACAGUGAGGAAGGUGUAGAGAAAAUGAAGGAUUUCUCAGGGGACGAGCACCAGGACGCAGGUGAGAGCUUUGCAGAGUAUCCCUCAGACUUCUCUUCAUGUGAGUAUGUAGAAGACAAAGGAGACAAUCAAGAGAGCAAUCACCAGUCGGACACCUUGGCUUGUGCAUCCGACAGCGGCUCAGUUGCAAAGGACAACGCCUACCUAGAAAGAGAAAGAGCUGUGACCGAUGUAACAUGGAUGGGAGCAGCUGAGGACACUGAUGAGGAGGAAGAUGGGUAUCUGUACAGCAGAGACUUAGAGGCAGAAUCUGAUAAGUUCAGGAACCUGGAUGUGGCAGCUACAGCAAAAGAGACUGUGGAGAAUGUGUUGGGCUAUGUAACUGGGUGUGGUGAUGAAGGUGAGACAGAUGAGAGUGACUCCUACACCUCCAGUGACGAUGAGGUCCAAGAAAAGAGGAGUGACGAGGAACUCUCUGACAGUAUGUAUCUACAAGAAAGCAACAAGCAACUGGAGGAGACUGAGAGUGGGAGCGGGGCAGCAUUUUCUGAUGACUUCAACAGAGCAAAUCCAGCAGAUUUCAACAUUAACUGGAAUCUGGAUGUGUUAACAUCUGAUACGAUUCUGUCUGAAGACCUGUUAACCACAGAGGACGCAGACGAAGCGGAAACACCACUUUCAGAUCUGACUCAGCGUCCUGCAGAAGACAUAAACAGCUACUCAGAUCUAAGAACAACAAGCCCCUCAAACCAGGGAUCCCUGGAUGAUAGCUUCUUCUUCAACACUGAACCGGAAGCCUCUGGGAUCACUGAGCUGGGACAGCUGGGAGACGACGAGUACGAGGAUGACAGGAACUGGGAGCAAGAGCAGGAGAGAAUCAAGGCUUUCUACAAGUUCUAUGAUGACGAUGAUGGGGAGAAUGAAAGAGAAGGGAGGAAGAUCAAAGUUCAGUUUUGUGCAGAUCCAUUGUCUGAAGUCAUUCACUAUGAAACUGACAGUGACAGAGAUUCACUCAGCAGCUCCACAGAGGGGGAGGAGGACCAGAGCUCUGCAGAAACAUCUGAGGAACUGAGGGAGCCUGACGACACCCCACCAGUGACACCGGCUUGUGAUCCCCCGAACACCAAAGAGCCACCAGAGAAAGUGCCAGAUAUUGACAACACACCGAUUUGUACCAGGAAACACAAAUGUUUCAACAUGCUGAAGCUGACACUGAAGAUGGGUCUGGUGAUACUGGCGGGACUCCUGAUGUUCUGGUUGGCCACAGACCAAGCGGGCUGGUUCAGCUAUGAGUCGUUCUUCUAGUGGGGAAAAAAAUGUUGGUCCUUAAAAGUAGUUGACAUGCUUACAGGUAGCCUAAUAAAGGAAAUAUCCAAAAUGACAUGAAAAAUAUUGUCUUGUAAAAAUGCAAUGUAAAGUGCAAACAUUCAAACUUGUGUUCUGUUAUCUGUAAUAUGCAAUUUUGAGCUUAAUAAAUAUAUAUCUUUGUAUAA